AUGCUCCUCGAACUCAUUUUUGCGCUAUAUUUACUCAAUAAGCAGAUUCACGCCGUUCGUGACGUCACUUUCAAGGAAGUCAACGGUAUUUUCAAUGCUAGCAUGCUUUACCAGAGAACCAUCAACGACGAGGUGUUAUGCCUGAAUAUUUGCUACGACCAAAAACAGUGCAGAUUUGUUCAUUAUUCUGAGGUACUGUGUCACUUACAGAGUAGCUUUUGACC